GAUAAGCUAAAGCGUCAACCAGACCCACCAAGGAGGGCUGGAGGGGAAAGGGAAUUUCGGGGGAUGUUGAGCCCAUUUGUGCAAGCAGGGAGCCAAGUUCGUCUUGAGAAGGAGCUUUGGGGUCCUGAGAGCAGAGCCAGGGUGAGGGGCCCCGUUAAGUGAUGCGGGUCUUUGUGGUCAGUGAUGGGGACAUGUGGAAGGACUAAUGAGGGGGUCCUUUGGACUGAAUGAUGUGGAAAACAGUGAUAGGGAGGGGAGUCUGUAAGACUGUGGGAUAUUCGAUGAGGGGUUUAUGGAAGCGAUAGGGGAGUCUGUGCAGUGAGCAAAAGUGUCUGUAGGGUGAAUGGUAGGGUUUCAAGGGAGUGAGUGAAAGGGGUUUGUGGGAUGUGUGAUGGAGAGUCUGUUGAGUGAAUGAUGGGGGAUCUGGGGUGAACAAUGGGGUGGUCUUUAGGGUGAAUGAUGAGGGUCCAUGGAGACAGGAAUUAGAAUGUGUAGGGUCAAUGUUGAGAUUCUGUGAGGUCCAUGAUGGGUGGCUCUUUGAGAUGGAUAGUACAUCCAAGAAUAAACAAAAAUUCCUGCCCUUGUGGUAUCAACAUUCCAAUGGAGGAGUCAUACAUUGGGCCUUUAAUUUGUAUUUCCCUGAUGACUGCUUUUUCAUAUAUUUUUGAUAUCUUAGAUCCUCUUUUGUAAGGCACCUGUUCAGAUCUUUUGCUCCUUUUUCUAUUGAAUGUCUGCCUUUUCCUUAUUGAUUUGUGGAACUUGUUUUUAUAUAUUCUGAUACUACUCCUUUAUCAGUGAUAUGUGUUUUGCAAAUAUUUCAUUGAUUUUUGGCUUCUCUCUUCCGUGUUGUGGCUUUGAAUGUUAAGGUUUUAAGUUAACUUUGAGCUGUAAAGCACAAUGUAAAUUUAGAGUUUUGUUAUUCUCAAGUUAACAACCAGACAAUGCCCUCUGUAAUUUAGGAGGAGAAUUAAUUUCUAGGGCAUUCAGAAGCAGAGUCGCAUCUCUGAAAACUUUGGUGCCAUGACAGCUAAGGAGGAGUUCUCUGCUUUUUGUUUUCCCACCACUUCACCCUCUAGUCACUGGCUGUGUGAUCAUGAAUAAGUCACUAAACCUCUUUAGGCCUCAGUUUCUUCACUGUGAAAUGAGGAUAAUAGCAGGGUCUGUCCUUUGAGGCUUGGUAUGAUAUUUAAGUGAGUUAAUACCCAAUUAUUAUCUAUUCAUUAUGGUUUUGUAGCACUGAUCUUGUAUAUAUUUCAUGGAUCUUCCAUGAAUUCAAGGUCACUUCUACUCAUGUGAUACCCAAGAAAAUCCAAUGAAAGAAAUUAGAUACCAACAAAUAAGACUUUGUCAGGUAGGGUUGAACUUUGGAUGGCCACAAACCACUGUGAUAUCUUUGUUCGUUGUUAUUAAACAAUUGGGAGUGUGAUCUUGUGGUCGGCCUCUUCUUCAUUUUGCAGGUGUAUUUCCAUGCUAUUAACUUUAUUUCCAUAUACUAUUAAGUAUAUUUCUAUGGAAAUUUUCAAACAUUUAGCAAAAUAUAGGGAAUUAUAUAAUAAACCCCAUUAUGCACAUCACCCAGUAUCAUCAAUCAUCAACUCAUGGCCACUGUUGUUUCACCUAGACCAGGGGAUGGAAAACUCUAGGCAGUGGGCCAAAUAUGGCCUGCUGCUGUUUUUAUACAGCUGUAAACUAUGAAUGGUUUUCACAUUUUUUAAUGUUUGGAAAAAAAUCAGAAGAAUAUUUUGUGACGUAUGAAAAUGAUAUAAAAUUCAAAUUAUAGUGUCCAUAAGUGAUGUUUUAUUGGAACACAGCCAGUAAACACAAUUGGCUUAUGCAUUGUCUAUAGCUGCUUUCAAUCACUGAAUAAUUGCAACAAAGACCAUAGGCUUCACAAAUCUGAAAUAUUUACUGUCUGUCUCUUUACAGAGAAAGUUUGCCAACCCCUAAUCUAGACCACCCAUUUAUUUCUUUCUUCCAGAUUGUUUUUUGUUAUUGAUAACAUAAAAUGCACAAAUAUUAAAUGUAUAGCUCAAUUAAUCUUUAUAUAUAUAGUUGUUAUUAUUUUGAAACAAAGCCCAGAUAUAUCAUUUCAUACAAAAGAUAAGGACUUCAAGGUCAAUACUUGAAUUUUAUAUAUUCAAUAUAAAAUAACAGUAAUAACUUCCGAUCAUCAUUGGUUAAAUUUCUUAAUAUCAUCAAAUAUCUAGUCAGGACUCAAAAUUUAAUGAUUAUCUCAAAGAUUUUUUUGUCUUUUUAAAUUAAGGUCCAGACAAGGUCCAUACUUUACAUUUGGUUUCUGUAUCUCGUGAACCUCUUAAUUGUCUCUAGUGUUACUUUAAAUGGUCACCUGCCUUUUCAUCUCUUGGAGGUUCCAUAACUUAUUUUCUCAGUCCUCAGUGAUUAGGCAUUUUGAUUAUUUUCAAAAUUAUGGUGUUAAAGACAAAUCUGUGAUGAAAUUUCCUUCAGUUAAGUCUCUGCACACAUCCAUGAUUAUUACCUUAAGAAAAAGUUCUAGAAGUGGCAUUGCUGGUCAGAUGACAAAGACAAUUACCAAUGAAUUAACAAGUAAUACAUUUUAUAUUCAGCCACUGAAGAGUGAUUAAUACAGCCUGGUCUCUGAAGACUCUUCUGUACCCCCACCCCACCCCCAAUUGGUUUCCAAAGAGAAACAGAAAAUGAUGGAGUCCCAGGAACUAGUGACCUAUGAAGAUGUGGCUGUGGACUUCACCCAGGAGGAGUGGCAGCAUCUGGACCCUGCUCAGAAGAUUCUACACAGAGAUGUGAUGCUGGAGAUCUACAGCCAUCUGGUCUCUGUGGGGUGUUCAGGUAUAAGUCCAGGUAUAAUCUUCAAGUUGGAACAUGAAGAGGACCCAUGGAUCAUGAAGAGUGAGUUGUCAAGGUGGAUCCACUCAGACAGGGAGAAAAGCCUUGACUCUUCCCAGCACAUCAUUUCUGAAGAACUUUCAUUUCAAAAAGAGAUAUUGGAAAAAGCCCCAAAGGAUAAUUCAUUGUACUACCUUUUAAAAGUUUGGCGUAUUGAUGGUCAGACACAUAAAUAUCAGGGAAACCAAGACAGAGUUUUGAAGCAAGUCACAGUCAUUAACCAUGAAACAUUGACCAAGGAGAAAGGCACCAAAUAUAACACACUUGGAAACAGUUUUGGUGGGUGCAUAAACCUUGAUCCUUCAAGUAAAAAACUCCAUAAUUUUGAUUUAUGUGAAAAGAACUUGGAAUCUAAUUUAGACUCACUGAUAUGUAAUAGGAACCAUACAAGAAAGAACCCCAUUGAGAGAUUUGGAUGCAGGAGCCCACCUAGCUUUAGUGAUUCCUGUUCUGUACCUGAGAAAAUUUACACUGGCAUGAAACCUUGUGGACAUGGUCAAUGUGAAAAAUUUCUCAGUCAUAAACAAGUCCAUAUUCAGUAUAAAAAAGGUCAAGCUGGUAAGAAACCAAAUGUUUGUGGUGAGUGUGGGAAAGGCUUUAUUAAGAAGUCACAACUUAUUAUACAUCAAAGAAUUCAUACUGGAGAAAAACCGUAUGUAUGUGGAGAUUGUGGAAAAGCCUUCAGUGAGAAAUCACACCUCAUUGUGCAUCAGAGGAUUCAUACUGGGGAGAAGCCCUAUGAGUGUACUAAGUGUGGGAGGGCCUUCUCCCAGAAGUCACCCUUCAUUGUUCAUCAAAGAGUCCACACUGGAGAGAAACCCUAUGAAUGUUCUGAGUGUCAAAAAGCCUUCUCUCAGAAGUCACAUCUCAUUAUACAUCAGCGAGUUCACACUAGAGAGAAGCCCUUUGAAUGUAGUGAAUGUGGGAAAGCCUUCUGUGAGAAGUCUCACCUUUUUAUACACCAGAUAACUCAUACUGGGGAGAGACCCUAUGAAUGUACUGAAUGUGGGAAGACCUUCCCUCGGAAAACACAACUCAUCAUCCAUUAUAGAACACAUACUGGAGAGAAACCCUAUAAGUGUAGUGAAUGUGGAAAAACCUUUUGCCAGCAGUCCCACCUCAUAGGGCAUCAAAGAAUUCAUACAGGAGAGAAACCUUAUGUGUGUAAUGACUGUGGAAAAGCCUUUUCCCAAAAGUCCCACCUUACUGGACAUCAAAGGCUUCACACUGGAGAGAAACCUUAUAUAUGUACAGAGUGUGGAAGAGCCUUCUCUCAGAAAUCACCUCUUAUUAUACACCAGAGAAUUCAUACAGGGGAGAAACCCUAUGAGUGUAGUGACUGUGGCAAAACCUUCUCCCAGAAAUCACCCCUCAUUAUUCAUCAGAGAAUUCAUACAGGGGAGAAACCCUAUGAGUGUACUGAGUGUGGAAGGGCAUUUUCCCUGAAGUCACAUCUCAUUAUACAUCAGAGAGCUCAUGCUGGAGAGAAACCAUAUGAACGUAAUGAACCUGGAAAGGCCUUAUGUGAGACGUCUCCACUAGCUGUACAUCAAAGAACUCAUACUAGGGAGAAACCCACUGAAUCUGCUGAAUAUGGUAUGGCCUUUUCCCGAAAUUCACAGAUGACCACAUAUCAGAGAACACACACAGCAGAGAAACCCUCCAACUGCAGUGACUGUGGGAAGGUGUUCUGCCAGCACAUACACUUCACUGGACAUCAGAACCAACAUAGGAGAGAAACCUCAUAUAAGUACUGAUUGUGGGAAGGUCUUCCCAGAAGUCAGAUCUCACUAUGGAUGAAAAAACUCACACUGAACAGAAAUCCUAUGGAUACAUUGGACAUGAAAAAAAUGUGGCACCUCCUUUACUGUGGAAUAGAUUCAUACAUUCCUACAUAUUUCUGAUUACUCCUCCACAGGAUGAUCUGGUCAGGCUCUCAGAAUAUUUUCAACACUGUAAAUAUGUAAUGCACUUGCUCACCUUCAAAGUAUUCCCCCCCCUCACAGAAUAAAUACAUCUGGAAUAA